CCUUUUUUUUAUUAUUUGGAGAAGGAAAGAUAGUAUACCCUCCAAUUUUGGAUCCUGCUUUGUGGGGGGGAUACAUCUAUCAUAUACAGCUGACAGUGAAAUUGUAACACUAUAUAGUAAAACCACUGAAACUAUGAGUCAUAAAUACAUCUUCAAAUACGUUAUCAUUGGCGACAUUAGUGUCGGCAAGAGCUGCAUCAUGCAGAGCUUUACGGAGAAACACUUCCGAAAGGAUCUUCCACACACCAUUGGGGUAGAGUUCGGCACCACAAUCGUGGAUGUCAAUGGUGAACUUGUUAAGAUACAAAUAUGGGACACCGCCGGUCAGGAGCGGUUCCGCUCUGUUACACGUGGGUAUUAUCGAGGUGCGGCGGCCGUAUUGCUGGUGUAUGACGUGUCGCGCAGGGACACCUUUGCUCAUGUGGGCUCUUGGCUCCAGGAGGUGCGUGCCAAUACCAACCCCCACACCGAGAUUCUCCUUGUCGGUAACAAGAGUGACCUAGAGUAUGAGCGCGAGGUGUCGUUUGAGGAGGCUGCUAAGUUUGCAUCGGACAACGGCCUACUUUUUCUCGAGUGCAGUGCUCUGAGCGGUCACAACGUGGUGCAGGUAUUUUUAUCGACCGCGCAGAAGAUUCAUGAAAAUGUGCUCAACGGGAAACUAAGUCCAACAGAUGCGGAAAGCGGUGUACAAAUGUGUUCUGCAGCAUUAUCGAUGACAAGCGGUGCCACCAGUGGCACUGACGGUGGAAGAAGCGUGAGUAACAUGUUGGGGGCUUCAUCCAGUGCUAAUAUAAACAACAAUAGUAACGUUACUUCGAGUAACUGUGCCUGCUGA